AUGGCGUACUUCUUGGUCACGCGUUCAUGGCUUCUUCUGGCCACGACCUGCAGCGCAUACGGUGCCUCUUGCUACCAGAACGGCGAGUGCGAGGAGUCGAGUGACGCAGUGGGCUGGCUGCAGCGCAAGAAGCGUGACUGCAAGCGCUGCAUUCACCUGCCCGGCCUGCCCUGCCCUGCCCCAUUUGUCGGUAACACUCUGGCCUGUGAAGCUAAGAAUCUUGCCUGUUUCUUGCAAGAAAGCUUUGCACGGGACUGGGCGGGGCGGGAGGGGCUGGAUGACGACGAUGGACGGCCAAGAUCGAUGACCUUACUGAGGCUUCAGGUGCUGUGCCAGGCAGACGUUGAUCAGCCGCAGUCGAUGGAGAUGUAUUUCAAGCGGGAGAAGACCUCCAAAAAGUCCUUGGCACAGACGAAGAGCAUUGUGAAGAGCGAGACUUCGAAAGAUUGUCCAGAUGCAGACAAGUGCACCACCAACGUCCAGAAGCACCUGAGUGAGAACCCGGGGGCGGAGUUUGCCAUGUCAGCGGCCGAGAUUACGGCCGGCUUAGCCAUCGACACCGUCUCACAACUUGCUCAACAAGCGGGAAUCAUUGCCAUGAAGGGCGCCCUUGCUUUCAGCUUCAUUGGUGGCUUCCUCGGCGAAUUCUUCCCAAGCCCUGGUAGCCUGCCAGAAAACCCCUGCUCACAUGCCGGCGGCGAUGAUUGGAGCAAGUGCGUUUGGGAGCAAAUCAAGCCUUUUGUGCAGAAGUUCGUCAAGCAAGAGCUGGAUAAGAAGUUCGAGGAGAUCUGGACUGCAUACUUGAAGGGCUACAAGUUGGCUUUGUGGGAGCUGAACAACACAGCCUUCCACGACUCAAAGCAUUUCGAUAACGGGACGAUCGAGCACAUGCCAGACCAUGUCAGAGACACCAUGUACCACAAGUUGCUUCUUGUCCACGAAACAAUGCUCACGGAUGCCCCCUUCUUCCUUGUGCGUGAGGCCGAAACGACAGAAGCCAGCUACUUGUCUCAGUUCGCCGGCUUGCACAUCAGUGUGAUGAGCAACCUUCUGGGGUACAAUGCCACCCGCACCCAAGGACACAAGAACAGCUUCGGGAAGCUCUCGCUUUGCUACGCCUUGCGAGUCUACGAGCGAGCAACGGAGCAACUCGGUCGCAGGUUGAAUGCCCUGGAGCAUUACGUCGAAGGUCCCAAGGAAAAAUACUAUGAACGUAUUGGGCGCGUGGUAUUCAUGAAGGCAAAGUACAAGGACACUUGGCAAGACGACUGCAAGUGGAAGGUGGGGUUCGAACAAGAAAUGAUCGAACAAUAUCACUACAUGACCCGCUUUCAUCCCAAAUACAGCGCAAAGCAGGUCGAGAAACUGGCGAAGGAGACCAAGAAGUGUUACGAGAAACACGCCAGGGAGGUCGAGAAGCAAACGGUGAGAUUCUGGAUGCAGUGGAUCCAAGUAGUUCCGCUCUGGCUGUUCAACGUCAUGAAGAUGCAGCAGGUCGUCGUGAGCAAGGAUUCCAGCUUGAUGUCAGACCCACCGGUGGAUUGCUCUUUCAUACAGUGA